CUAAGAUGGGGCGAGGUUUCUUCCACAGCCCUAUAGCCUUCGGCUUCUGUCUGACCCUCUUACUCAUGUUCCAAGUCAGUGUCGGUGUAUUCAUCGCGGGCGUGCUCACCACCCUUGAGAAGCAGUACCGUCUAAAGUCAUCUGUGUCCGGCCUGAUCAUCUCGACCAGUGACAUCGCUAGUCUCGUCUCAACCGUCGUGGUGACAUACAUCGGGCAGAAAUUCCACAGGCCCCGUAUAAUCGGGAUUCUUGGACUCCUUAUUGGUCUGGGUGGAAUUCUGAGUGGUUUGCCGCACUUCAUGUACCCAGCCUACAGAGAUGGUGAUGGUAACAUCACACAGAGCGGUGUUUUUAUAUGUGACAAAGACCGUGUGCUGGAGAACUGCACGGCGGCCGAUAUCGACAACUCUGGCUCUCGGCUUGAUGAACUAUGGGCCAUGCUCCUAGGCCAGGCCUUGAUGGGAGUUGCUUAUGGGCCACUGUUUCCAUUAGCUUUAACCUACCUCGAUGAUCAGGUUAAAGGCACUACGACUCCUGUUUAUAUCGGUGUCUUUCUCUCAGCGGGUACAUCAGCACCACUACUUGGCUUCGCCACGGCAUUUGGCUUCCUGUUCAUGAACGUGAACUGGCCAGCACCGGUCGACCCAUCCAAGGAGUGGCUUGGUGCAUGGUGGAUGGGCUUCCUUAUGGAUGGUCUCAUUGUCAUGAUACUCUCUAUUCCCUUCUUCUUCUUUCCGGAGAAGAUGGAUCUUGAUAUAGUUGUGAAAGAUGACAAAGGAAAGGGAAAAUUUGCAAAGGAGGACGAGCCGAUGGGAAAAGUUGGAAUUAAAGAUUUCUUGGACUCGUCCCGGCGGAUUUUCUUGAACUUUGUGUUCAUGAUGAUCAUGAUAUCUACUAUAGCUCAACUAGCUAUUGCUGCAUGCUUUGGAUUCUAUCUAGCCAAGUACCUGGAGCUCCAGUACAACUUACCUGCAGCCAACUCGGCAUUAUAUGUUGGCAUUAUAAUCAUGCCGUCAGCUCUCAUUGGCAACCUUUCAAGCGGAUUUAUAAUCAAGAAGCUCAAUCUUGGCGCCAAAGGGUGUGGUCGUCUCCUCGUUUGUCUCACCAUUAUCAGUACUGUCAUCAUGCCAAUAGUGUACUUUCUAUCGUGUCCUGACGCUAAAUAUGCACAUGUGUACAAAGGGACUAUAAGACCACCCGAUAGCUGUAACGAUGACUGCAGCUGCUCUAAGGCCAGGUAUGAGCCAGUGUGUGGAGCCGAUGGACUCACCUACGUCACGCCGUGUUUUGCAGGCUGCUCCGGGCAAGCACAGAACCGAACGGACGAUCCAAACACCAACAUUACGUUUUAUACUGGUUGUAAGUGUAUGUCUGAUGGCGACAAUGUAGAUUGGUCGAUGGAGGCUACAGAAGGGGAAUGCCGCCCACCUUGUAAUAUGAUCUACAUCGUGGGUGUGGUUUUGUUCAUCAAUGUCAUGUUCGGCUCAUUCGCCAAGAAUCCUUUGCUCAUCAUGCAGAUGAGAUGUGUCGAGAGCAAGGAUAAAACAUUCGGACUGGGUCUCGCCACACUUUUUAGCAGAGCAUUUGGGUUCUUGCCAGCACCUUUGUACAUGGGAGCCUUCAUUCAAAAUACCUGCAUGCUAGGACGCAUUGAAUGCGGAAUACAAGGCGACUGUCUCGUCUACAAUGCCCAAAGGUUUCGAUUCUCCUUUCUAGGGCUGCUCUUUGUACUGAAUGUGAUCAGUUUGAUUUUCUUCAUAAUUGCGACUAUUAAGGCGACGAUGAUUGAAAACAAGCUGGAACGAGAGAAGAAUGGACCAACUGAAACUAAAGGCCUCAUCGAAGACCACCGUUUUUGAUGUGGGCUACCGUGAAAAUACUGAGAUAG